CGCCCGGAGCGGGACUUCCUUCGGGGAUCCCGCGGCGGGGAGCCGCGGCGGAGCGGAGGUGACACGUAAGUGCGGGGCCGGGGAAGUUGCCUUUGUUCCUCUCAGGUGGCGGCGGCGGCGGAGCCACCGGCCGGGCGGGUCCCCGCGGCGGGGCCGGGCUGAAGGUGCCGCCUGAGCCGAGCAGGGAGCCGCCCCCGCCCCGCAGCCCCUCUCCCGCAGGCCGCGGUAGCCAGCGCCGCUGCCCAACCCUGCCGCGGGGACCCGGGGGCCGGGGCAGUCAGCCGGGGGCCGCCGCCUCCCGCCGCCGGAGGGCCGGGCAGCACCGGGCAGCCUCGCGGCCGCAGCAUGCGGCUGGGGCGCCCGCCCCGCGCCGCGCAGAGUCCCGCCGGCUCCGCUCCGACGCGCAGGGCCCGCAGGCUGGGGGAAGCCGCCCGGGGCGUCACGGCGGUGCCCAGGGGUUGAGGUGCUCGGCCCGCCCCUCCCGCCUUCCGUCCCUCCCGCCUCCUCCUCCCGGCGCGGGCCCGGGGCCUCCGAUGUCGCCUCCUCGUCGUCCGCCGCCUCCAGCAGCCCGCUGCUAAGCCGUGAGGGGCGGGGGCCCUCGGGACCCCGCCGGGGACAUGGGCAACGGGAUGUGCUCCCGAAAACAGAAGCGGAUUUUCCAGACCCUCCUGCUCUUGACUGUGGUGUUCGGCUUCCUCUACGGGGCGAUGCUCUACUACGAGCUGCAGGGCCAGCUGAGGAAGGCUGAGGCCACGGCGCUCAAGUAUCAGCAGCAUCAAGAGUCCCUCUCGGCUCAGUUACAAGUCGUAUAUGAGCACAGGUCAAGACUAGAAAAGUCAUUACAAAAGGAAAGGCUUGAACAUAAGAAAGCGAAAGAAGAUUUUCUUGUUUAUAAACUAGAAGCACAGGAAACACUAAAUAAAGGAAGGCAAGACUCAAAUAGCCGAUACAGUGCACUGAGCGUACAACACCAGAUGUUGAAGAGUCAACAUGAAGAGCUAAAGAAACAGCAUGCUGACCUUGAGGAAGAUCACCGAAAACAAGGAGAAGAGUUCAGCAGAACGUUCAGUGACCACAAGGAGCGAUACUUACAACUGCAGCAGGAAAAAGAGCAGGAGAUCUCUAAGCUGAAGGAAUCCCUGUAUAACUUAAGGGAGGAGAACAGACAGUUGAGAAAAGCUCACCAAGACAUUCACACCCAGCUACAAGAUGUCAAGCAACAGCAUAAGAACUUACUCUCCCAACACAACCAGCUUGUAGUGACAUUGGAAGACCACAAGAGUGCACUAGCUGCUGCACAGUCCCAGGUGGAGGAAUACAAACAGUUGAAGGACACACUCAACAAAAUGCCAAGUUUCCGACAGCCUGACAAGGUAGAACAACCCAACGAACAACCAGAGGUGCGAGCACCGUCUCCCCGCAGUGACCUCCUGAUGCACCGUGGAGCUGUGGCUGAUGAGCAGAAGGAGGAUGAGAAGCCAAAAGAGAGAGAAGAAAUAAAUACCCAGGAAAAAGACGACAAAGCUGAGCUUUUUCAUCUGCAAAGACAGGCUAAUGAGGGCCAGCGCGUCAAAGAACUAAAUAUUCAGGAGCAACAAGAAGCAGGAGAGGAUGACGAGCAACACGUUGAUCAAGUUGAAGAGGAACGCAAAAAAGAACUUGAAGAGGAAGAAAUGGAGCAGGCAGGUCAGCCUGAGCGCUUAGAGGAGGAACAGGAUCAAGCACCGGAAGAGCAUGAGUGGAAAAAACAGGAACAGAAAGAAGAAGAAACCAACAUGUUGGGAGAUCAUCUUCAUUCAGAGAUAACAUCAACAAAAGCUGUAACAAAAAGACACAAGCCGGCUUAUGAACAACAACUAGAGCAGCAACAUCUUGCAGCCCAAAGAGCAGAGGAAGCCAAUCAGCUACGAGAACAUCAGGAAUCACUACACCAGGAAAGACUGCGAGGGCAGCUAUUACGGCAGCAACAGCUUCAAGAAAAAGAGCUUCAGUUGCAGAAACAGGCAGAACAAGGAGAAAAACUCUAUAAAAACCGGCUAAGCCAACAGGCUCAUUAUGAUAACAUGGACCAUGAUAUUGUACAAGGGGAAGAAGAGCAAGGUAUUCAGGAAGAGGAAGGAGCUUAUGAACGUGACAACCAGCACCAGGAUGAAGGUGAAGAUGAUGAUCAAAAUAAUGCAAAUGAACAGCAAGAACCAGAACAUCAAGUAGAAAAUCAGCAGGCUGAUGAAUCAAAGGCAGCCAUGGAAGAUGUGAAUCCUGCUGAUGACCCCAACAAUCAGGGAGAAGAUGAAUUUGAGGAAGCUGAGCAAGAGAGAGAAGAAAAUAUGCCAGAUGAGAAUGAAAAGCACAAGCAAACCAGUCAGAAACAAGGCCAUCCAGGAAUGGAAGAGCACCUAGUGAUGGCAGGAAAUCCUGACCAGCAGGAAGAUAAUGUGGAUGAACAAUACCAGGAAGAAGGAGAAGAGGAGAUCCAGGAAGAUUUGACUGAAGAGAAGAAACGAGAACUGGAACGCAAUGCUGAAGAGCCAUAUGGUGAAAAUGAUGAGAACGCAGAUGACAAGAAUAACGGAGGGGCUGACCAAGAACAAGAAAUGCCAGAAGAGAACAACCAGAAAGAAGUUCAUGAAGAAAAUUAUGAGGAGGAGGAGGAGGAGGAGGAAGGCAGAGCUGUUGCAGCAAAAACUCGUAGACGAGGGGAGAUGUAGUCCUCUUCACUUUCUUUUUUUGUGGGGUUUUUUUCAAGCACACAAAUUCCUGGGUUUUGGGUUUUGUUUUUUUUUUUUUAAAGCAGCAACUUUUUUAGGAUAUUUAAUUUCCGAAAAAAGUUUGUGUUUUACACUUUUUACUUUUCUAUUAGAUGCUCUCAUGUUUAUAUGGAUAUGGUAUUUUGAUACUCUAGAUUAGGCUUUCUUUUCUAUUAAAGCUGUACAUAGACAUCAUAGAGGUUUAAUUUUUCAUAAUUCUGGCCAUGUUUUCUAAAGGCCAUUCUGGAUUACACUUUCAUCUUGUCCAAGUCUGACAGGGACAUUUGGUCUAAUUUCAGAUACAUUCAACAUCCGAGGGAAUAUAUCUAGUGCCUGAACCCAGCCGAUGUUAGUCACUCCUGCUCUUGCCAUCGUCCUUGACGCAACUUUUAUGACUAACGGCUGGCCACACUGCCCGGCCCAGGAACGGCCUGCGGCGCUCGUGGGGGCCCGUGGGCAGUUUCACUUGUUACAAUCUCACGAGGUUCUUCAAACCCUUGAAGAUAAGCACAUGCCUAGCUAUUUGCAGGACCGGGCCUUUUAUAGGUGCAGAACAGUUAUAAAAUAUGCAAGUUUUACAAGCCUUCAAAAUACAGCCAGGUUAACAGCUGUUAAGUUUGGCAGCUGUUUCUAUACAGUUAAAUUAUGCAUUUAUUUUAAUAAGCAUGCCUAGGUACUUCAGUGACACGCACUACAGAGCAAAUAAUGGCAGCGGUGGUAUGCUGAGAUGAGGUGGGAGCUAGAAACCCAUUUAUACUUGAAGAUGCAUUAUGCCAAAUCGAAACACUACAGCUGUCAUGGGAAUGAAGACUUACAGAAGGAACAAUUUUGUUGUCCUAAUUCAUAUAUAAAAUACGUGACUGGAGAAAUAUAAUUACAUCACCUCUGGGACAUGCUUUGAGGACUGCAGAGGGUUAAGGUGUCUUAACCGAGUUAUUGAAUUAAGGCCUUUCCCUUCUUUUGCUUAUUUCCUCUUAAGUCUAUGCUGGAAGGAUUUCUGUGUCCCCCAGUGUGAAACUCAGACUAGAGACAAACCCCGCGUGAGUUUUUCUGCACAGCAAACAUCUCUGUCACUGCAUGCCCAAAUGCAAGGGGGGGGGGAACUACACAAAAAUUGUGCCUUGGUAGGCUACUAUGAACAUAAUCACAGUGCACAACUAUAUACAAUAUUUGUAUUGGUACAGACCCUAGUUAUUUAAUAUAUGUUAAAAAGAGAAUGGGAAUCUGGAUUUCCCAGGCUAUGCCCCAUUGCUGGAAAUGAGGCGCACAGUAGCUCCCCGUGAAAGUGUGUGUUAAUAUAUAAGAGGAGAGGGUUUGGGACUUUUUUUCCCUUUUUUAAUAAUGAUGCAUAGCAAUGUUUUUAGUUUAACUUUUUAUAUGAAUGUAAUUUAAUUCAUUUUUCUACUAACUCAAUGAUAUUAUGUUUUAUAGUCAGUUUCCAUUCUUUGCAAUUUUCCUAAAUGUCCCAGACACAGUGCUUAUGUUUCAUAGGAAUAUUUUUGUCAGCAAGUAUUUUGGGUUUUCUAGUUACCAUAAAUCAGAUUUACCUUAUGUAUAAAAAAAAAGUUUACAUGAUACUGUAAAAUGUAUGAUAUGUAUAUAAUCUUCAGAAUACGAUUAUUUUGGUAAAUUGGCCUGUAUUUUUAAUGUCACAGUUGCAGUAUUUAAUUAUUUGAGGCAUAAUAAAACUUGACUGCAGUGAAUAAACUAGAAUACAGUUAAUGAUCUUU